AUGAAUGGGUUUGAUGAUGGGCUGCUGAAGUGGAUCAUUCCUCUGGAUCAACGGGAUGGAGAAAUAUUGAUGGAUGAGAAGCAAGAGAGUCUUGACUACUAUGAUGUGGACAACAAAAGCUUCAAAAGAAUGGACAAUCUGAUAGCAGGCAAAUGGACAUGGCUGCAGAUUUACACUGAGAGCUUCUCUCCCUUGGAUGUCGCUGGGUUUGUUGGGUUAAUUUAUUGUUUGCUGGUUUGGUGGGCUGGGUUUAUUGGGACUUGGGUUGCGUGCUGGCUGUUUCGCUAUGGAUUCACAGGUUUGAUGGUUUCGGUAUGGACUGGGUAG